AUGGAUGAUACGUACGUUAAAUUCGUUAUUACACACAGAUUUGUUUUAAAACUUGUUCCUACGAUGAACCGUAGCGCUUUGCUAACGGGGGGCAUAGUCACGGGCACUCUUCCCAAUCAGAACGUGUCUACCGGUCGAGUCAAAGACACUCUUCCCAACCAGAACGUGUCUACCGGUCGAGUCACGGGCACUCUUCCCAAAUAUUGCUUUACACAUUUAAACGAAUAUUUCGGCCCUGCAAAGAAACGGUCCACGCUUCUUUUCGUGUCCUUCCUGCCACUACGCAGCAAUUCCCAGCUCUAAGCCAUGUAUUAAAUGCAACACCAUCGUAUGCCUCAUAUGUCGCGCUAUCGAUUUGUUGUGGGUGUGUUUACCAGAGCGUAGGACCAACAGCUAUUGCUGAGUGUCAAACACCGGUAACUCUGCCACACGCUGGCAAUACGAUCAUUUUAACUAUUCAGGAUCACCGAUCAAAUACGAGGAUGCAGCCCGUAGUUAACCGUGGCAGGUUUGUACCACGUUAUUGGCACGACGGGCAGCACCGCCUUGUGACCAAGGGCGGCACAGCUAAUCCUACACAGCACCACAAAGUGCUCAUAUUUUGGUAUGAUUUGAAGUAUAAACGGUACCUUACGUUUAACUACCGG